AAAAGGCCAAACUCCAACCCCUUACUUGAAUGCAACAAAACAAAGAGACUCCUCUCGAAAUUUAAAACCUCGUGACCUUCGAAGAGAGAGAAAGAGAGACAAAAUCCAAGGCUAAUAGAGAUAAUGACUGGUCUAGUAAUGGUGACCAAAGGAGGUGGCUGUGGUGGUGGUGGUGGUGGCGGAGGCGGUGGGAAGGGAGGAGCUAAAGGAGGAGUUAAGAGCUGUGAAGAAGAGCAGCAGAACCAGAUUUCCGUCGUGGCGGUGCUUUUGGCUGCUUUGAGGAAAUCUAUGGUGUCUUGUCGUGUUGAUAGACAAGAUGAAGUAAUGUCUUCCACCGUUCAUCAUAUGGAAAUUGGGUGGCCAACCAACGUAAGACACAUAACCCAUGUUACCUUCGAUCGGUUCAAUGGGUUUUUGGGUCUUCCUGUUGAGUUACAAGUUGAGAUUCCCGGUCGGGUUCCAAGUGCUAGUGCUAGUGUGUUCGGGGUCUCAGCGGAAUCAAUGCAAUGCUCAUUCGAUUCCAAAGGGAAUAGCGUCCCUACUAUACUCUUGCUGUUGCAGGAGCGACUUUUUUCUCAAGGAGGCCUAAAGGCAGAAGGGAUUUUCCGGAUAAAUCCUGAGAAUAGCCAAGAGGAGCAUGUAAGAGAUCAGCUGAACAGGGGCAUCGUACCAGAUAAUAUUGAUGUCCACUGUCUUGCAGGCCUUAUUAAAGCUUGGUUUCGGGAGCUUCCUUCAGGGGUGCUGGAUGGACUUUCCCCUGAACAGGUUCUCCAAUGUAAUACCGAAGAAGACUGUAUUGAGCUUGUGCAGCAAUUAAAGCCAACUGAAGCUGCACUGCUCAAUUGGGCUGUUGAUCUUAUGGCAGAUGUUGUUGAGGAAGAGGAAUCAAACAAAAUGAAUGCAAGAAAUAUUGCUAUGGUUUUUGCUCCAAAUAUGACUCAGAUGUCUGAUCCAUUGACGGCUUUGAUGCAUGCUGUUCAAGUAAUGAACUUCCUUAAGACCUUGAUCAUGAAAACACUGAGAGAACGCGAAGAGACUGCAACAGGAGGAUAUUCACCCAUAUCAUCUCAUUCAUGUGAUGGCCCAACAGAUGAAGAGUUUGACAGUCAGCAAGAGAUGGACACGAGCUGUGAGCUGAGAGGGCCCACUUCAGAUUAUGAUAAUGCCCUUUACAGUAACUAUAGUGGAGAUGAAGAUGAAGUUGAGUCAUUAGGUGAAAUAGAGGAAUGCUUCUUGAGGCAGCUGGAUGAGAAUAAGAAUGUGCCAAAUAGUUGUUUGGAGGAAUCAGCUGAUCGAUUACAGAGAACUCGUGCAAGUCCCAGAAGUUGUUCAGGCGGCAAUGUUGAGUCUGGCAUUUCCUUUACAGAUAGCAAGAAUGAGAAUUCUGCCUUGAGUACAAGUGAUGGAGAGGACUCGGGGGCAAGUGAUGGCCUCAAAGCGCAGGAUCAUGGGAUUUGUACAAAGAGCCUAGCAGAAGGGUGUGAGAACACUGAUGAUGUGGAGAUGAUAGACCAAUUAGUGGAGUCUAAAACACCCAACCCAUUGUCUCUGUCUACUGCUGGCUGACAGAUGAUUCAUCCUCACAUUAUUUAGAACAAUACUUGCACAUUUUGGUUUGUCUCUCUUCAAUCACGGUUGCUUCUGUAAAUUGAAAACGUCACCUUGGGUUGAAAUUCAGGUAGGAAGUAUUAGCUUCUAGCAGCAGAUUGUCUGUCUAAAUCAUGGUUCAGCAAGGGCUGAACUUGUGUUUGUUUCCACAUGUUUCUUCGGUCCUCAAAGUUUUCUAACAUUGACUUGUUUAAAGAUUGGAACUAAUCAUGUCAGUCCAGUCUCUUGUCCAUCUCGGCAGAUAUGCAAAAGUCAGUAUGCUUGCUCUUACGGAGCUAGAUUCAGCUCUAUAGGGAUGCUGUACCUUUUAAAUAUGGUUGAUUUGCAGAGCUAAGGGUCCAUUUGAAGUCAUAUAGACUUGGUUGUGCACUAUCUGACUCGCUAUCAUAUUAUGUUCCAAACGAUUAAUCUCCUUGUUGUAUUUCUCUAUCUAUUCGUAGUGAAUAACAUGGUUACAUUAUCACGUGCA